AUGUCCAGCCAAAAAGGAAUAACUGAGGACGAAUGUUACCGAAUUUUAUUUGAAGAAAUACCUUCUAGUGACAGCAGUGUUGACAGUGAUGGAAAUGACCCCACAUGCACGACAAACUGUGCAAGUUCUAGUGUUGUGUGCAGUCGUCUGUCGAACAGUAGUGAUUCUCGGGAUGACAGUGAAACUGAUGACAUCAGUGAAAAUAAUAUUUUACCAUCUACUGUUCCAUCAACAGUCACGGUAAACUGGAGCCAAGAAACAAGUGUUGGACAAGUGCCAUUAUUUAUUGGAGAAGGUGGUGUGAUCGCAGAAAUAAAGAACAAAGUGAAUCUAAAGCCAAUCGACUUGUUUUGUGAAUUUUUCUUUGAAACACUAAUAAAACACAUAGUGUUCCAAACUAAUUUGUAUGCUACACAGAAAGGCAAAAUUUUUGUGCCCACGAACGAAGUUAAAAUUAAGACUUUUAUUGGAAUAAAUCUUUAUAUGGGUAUCACUAAAAAGCCUAGCUACAGACAUUACUGGAGCACUGAUCCAGAUCUUGGUGAAAGUUCCAUAUCAAAGCUGUUGCCAGUAAAACGGUUUAGUUGGGUAAUGAGUAACUUGCACCUCAAUGAUAAUUCGAUCGCUCCCGACAGAAACAGUCAGAAUUAUGAUAAACUGUACAAUCUACGCCCAUUUCUAGACCAUUUGAACAGGAAAUUCCAGGAUUGCUAUAAACCACAUCAAAAACUUGCUAUUGAUGAAGCAAUGGUUAAAUUCAAAGGCUGGUCAUCUCUCAUACAAUAUAUGAGGGACAAACCUAUAAAAAGAGGGUACAAAGUGUGGAUGUUAUGUGAUCAGUCUUCAUACAACCUCAAAUUUGAUGUUUAUACAGGAUAA